AUGGCAGGACAAAACAGAACAAAAGUCACUACUGCUUGUUUAAAUUGUCAAAAACGAAAGAUUAAGUGUUCUGGCACACCACCUUGUGGUUACUGCCUGAAGCUCGACAAACCAUGUGUUCCUGGUAAUCCUGGAAAAAAGCGUGGCCCACCACCUGGACACGAAGUUAGAAGAAUGGUUUCUUAUAGACCAAACGAUUCUUCGGAAAAUAAUUUGAAUGUUAUACGGCCAAAUGCUAUAUAUCCUGGAGAUGGUGAAUUAUUAAGAACGAUUCAAGGUUCUAAUCCUGCCGGAAUCUAUUAUAAUGAACUAGCUCCAAUUUUGCCGCUACCAAUCGACUCACAAUCUAUUUCACACGAUAACAUAUCGUCAAAUUCUUUUCCGUUCCAACCACAUUAUGGCUCUACAUAUUCAUAUCCAUUAUCUUCUUCAAAUUCUGAAUCCAGGUCUUCAUAUCAACCAAAUUACGAUUCUACAUUUUAUCAACCACAUCAUGACUCUACGAUGCCACAUAUAUCAUCCUCUUCAUAUGACUCUAGAUCUCCACAUAAUUCACAUACACAAUCAUAUUCAUCAUCAUCAUCUUCAUAUCAGCAACCACAUUCACAUUCACAAUCAUUAUAUCCGCAUUAUCAAUCUUCAUCUUCAACAUCCAUACCAUUACAACAACCAUCACCGAUAAUACCUCAACAUCCGUCAUUAUCAUCAGUGCCACAAUUAACAAACGUCGAGACUUCAUCCUCACCUCUAUCUCUAUCUUCUGUUCCUGCUCCUAUUUUAGAGAUUCCAAUACCGCAAGAUCAAGGAAAAGUAGAAGACGGAGAAAAAUCACAAAAGGAUUAUAAUCCAGAGUUUGCAAGAAUACUUGAAAUGAAAUUACAAGAGAUACAAAAACUAAAAAAACAUUCAUUUAAUGCCAACGAUUCUGUAACCUACAGUGAUGCCACCACUACCAAAAAUGAUGAGAAUGUCAAUGUUGUUGACAGCAAAAAGAGGCUGGUUGUUAAAAGUGAAGAUGAUGAUAUGGAAGAUGAAGAAGGGGAACAAAGAAUCUACAAGAAAAUGAGACCAAUAAACACCUUAAGACUUAAAAAAUCUAUAUUACAAAAUAAAAAUAAUAGCAAUAAAAACAAUAACAAUAAUAACAAUAAACGUUGGAUUAGAAGAAGAAUUAUAAAUUAA